GCAGAAUGCGGCUUUUCGUGAGCGAAGGCGCCCCGGGGAACCUGCCGGUCCUGGCUGCGGCCGGGCGGGCUGGGGCCAGAGGCGAGCUGCUUAUCAGCACCGUGGGCCCCGAAGAACAUGUAGUCCCAUUCUUGACUUGGCCUAAACUUCCAGUCCUGAAACUAGACAGUGGCCACUAUCUCUUUUCUACUAGUGCAAUUUGCAGGUAUUUUUUUCUGUUAUGUGGUUGGGAGCAAGAUGAUCUCACUAAUCAGUGGCUGGAAUGGGAGGCAACAGAGCUACAGCCCGUUCUUUCAAUUGCCCUCUACAACUUAGUGGUCCAAGGAAAGAAGGGAGAGGAUGUCCUUUCUCCUGUCCGAAGGGCAUUAAUCCACAUUGACCACAGCCUGAGUCGACGAAGCUGCCCUUUCCUGGCUGGGGAUUCAGAGUCUUUGGCUGACAUUGUUCUGUGGGGAGCACUGUAUCCUUUACUCCAAGAUCCAACUUACCUUCCUGAUGAACUUGCUGCUUUACAGAGCUGGUUCCGGACCCUGAGUGUCCAGGAACCAUGCCAGCAGGCUGUUGAAUCUGUCCUGAAGAAGCAGGGGGCCUUGGCUCUCCGAACGUAUUUGCAGAAACAGCCACAGCCCAUUGUUCCCUUAGAGAGGCCUGUCAGCAAUGAACCUGAGGAGGAUGAGCUGUCUGCCCAUACCCUUUCUGAGGAGGAAAUUGCCAUGGCUGUAACUGCGUGGGAGGAAGGACUGGAGGCUCUGCCUCCCGUUAGACCACGGCAGAAUCCAGUGUUGCCGGUGGCUGGAGAAAGGAACGUGCUCAUUACCAGCGCCCUUCCCUACGUCAACAAUGUCCCACAUCUUGGCAACAUCAUUGGUUGUGUCCUGAGUGCUGAUGUCUUUGCCAGGUACUCUCGACUUCGCCAGUGGAAUACAUUGUACUUGUGUGGGACAGAUGAGUAUGGGACAGCGACAGAAACCAAAGCCAUGGAGGAGGGCCUCACACCACAGCAGAUCUGUGACAAGUACCACGCCAUCCAUACUAACAUCUACCAUUGGUUUAACAUCUCCUUUGACUUCUUUGGUCGGACCACCACUCCGCAUCAGACCAAGAUCACCCAAGACAUCUUUCAGAGGCUGCUGUCACGGGGCUUCUUGUUCAAGGACACAGUGGAGCAGCUUCGGUGUGAGCGGUGCUCCCGAUUCCUGGCUGACCGAUUCGUGGAGGGUGUGUGCCCAUUCUGUGGCUACGAGGAAGCCCGAGGCGAUCAAUGUGACAAAUGUGGCAAGCUCAUCAAUGCCAUCGAGCUCAAGAAACCUCAGUGUAAGAUUUGCCGGGAAUCCCCCGUGGUGAAAUCUUCCCAACAUUUGUUCCUGGACCUGCCCAAGCUGGAGAACCGCCUGGAGGAGUGGUUGGGGAGGACUCUAGCUGGCAGUGACUGGACGCCCAAUGCUCGAUUCAUCACCCGCUCCUGGCUCCGGGAUGGACUCAAACCACGAUGUAUAACUCGUGACCUCAAAUGGGGUACCCCUGUGCCCUUAGAGGGCUUCCAGGACAAGGUAUUUUAUGUUUGGUUCGACGCCACAAUUGGCUAUCUGUCCAUCACAGCUAACUAUACUGACCAGUGGGAAAAAUGGUGGAAGAAUCCGGAACAGGUGGAACUCUACCAGUUCAUGGCCAAAGACAACGUCCCCUUCCACAGUGUUGUCUUCCCUUGCUCAGCCCUGGGAGCUGAAGACAACUAUACCUUGGUCAGCCACCUCAUUGCCACAGAAUACCUGAACUAUGAGGAUGGAAAGUUUUCUAAGAGCCGAGGUGUGGGGGUGUUUGGGGACAUGGCUCAGAACACAGGCAUUCCAUCUGACAUCUGGCGCUUUUACCUGCUCUUUGUUCGACCUGAAAGCCAGGACAGCUCGUUCUCCUGGACUGACCUGAUGCUCAAGAAUAAUUCUGAACUGCUCAAUAAUCUGGGUAACUUUGUCAACAGAGCUGGGAUGUUUGUGUGUAAGUUUUUUGGGGGCUGUGUGCCUAAGAUGAUGCUGACUCCGGAUGACCAGCGACUGCUUGCCCAUGUCACGUUGGAGUUACGACAGUACCACCAACUGUUGGAGAAGGUCCGGAUUAGAGAUGCCCUUCGCUGUAUCCUUAACAUCUCUCGGCAUGGUAACCAGUACAUUCAGGUGAAUGAACCCUGGAAGAGAAUCAAGGGCAGCGAGGCUGACAGGCAUCGUGCUGGCACAGUGACAGGCGUGGCAGUGAACAUGGCGGCCCUGCUCUCCAUCAUGAUGCAGCCCUACAUGCCUACAGUCAGCACAACUAUCCAGACCCAGCUGCAGCUCCCACCUGCAGUCUGUGCUCUCUUGCCUACCGACUUCCCAUGCCUCCUGCCUGCUGGGCACCAGAUUGGCAUAGUUAGUCCGUUGUUCCAGAAGCUGGAAAAUGACCAAAUUGAAAGCCUGAGAAAGCGCUUUGGAGGGGGCCAGCUAGAAGAUUCCUUGGAGUUGAAGGCUAAAGUUUCCAAGGCAGAAGCCCCCACUGAACUAGCAGAUCCUGAGCAGAUCAAGCUCCUCACUGAUGCUGUGACAAAACAGGGCAACUUUGUCCGAGAAUUGAAGGCCCAGAAGGCUGACAAAGCCCAGGUGGCUGCUGAGGUGGCUAAACUUUUGGAGCUCAAGCAAAACCUGGCACUGGCCGAAGGGAAGCCUCUCGACCCUCCAAAGGGCAAGAAGAAGAAAUGAGGGAGAGCCACAGACAUCACAUGAAUGUGCUUCAGUACAAAUGGUUUUAAUGUAAUGGGCUAGCUAGGCUAUAAUAAAUACAUCAUCUCUGUACAUAAA